UAAGCCAAUUUAGCCUUUAUAUCGGCAUCACUGUAAACAUUUUUUUCUCUUUUUAGCUAAAUUAUCAUGUAGCUAAAGUUAGCAAUUGUAGUGGAGAAAUCAUCACUGCGCGCGCUGUUUGCCCGUGUCUCGUGAUAAGCUCCAGACUUGGUCACAUCGGUUCUCAUCAGCAAAUAUGAACUGUGUUUUGGAAGGAAGUGGUGUAAAAGCAUUUGGAAAGGCCAUUCAAUCCUUGUCACGGAUUGGAGAUGAGCUGUGGUUGGAUCCCAUGGUUAGAGGGCUGGCACUGAGAUCAGUGAAUUCUGCUCAUUCUGCAUAUGCCUGCUUCCUCUUCUCGCCGCUGUUCUUCCAGCACUACAGCCUGGGAUCAGCAUCAGAGCAGAGCAGUGAAACAGUCAAAUGCAAACUGGCCAUGAAGUCUAUUCUACCGCUUUUCCGCUGUUUGACUUCGAUUGAGCGUAACGUGGAACAAUGUCAAAUAUCAAUCGGCACUCCCAAUGACCGAGUGAUGAUCCAGUUUUUCUGCAGGCAUGGCAUCACUAAGACCCACAACCUACGUUUUCAGGAAAGUGAGGCUCUGCAGGCAGUGUUUGCCUCGCACCUCUGCCCCAAUGGGCUGAAAGCUCCUGCCAGGCUUCUAGGUGAUAUGGUGAUGCAUUUCCCAGUGUCCCAAGAGGAAAUCACUCUCUCCAUGACUCCUCAGAGAGUCAGUCUGAAAAAUUACUACGAGGGGGGAAAUGAUCACAUGAAGACUAUGUGCACUGAGAUGUCCUUACACCCAGACGAGUUUGACUACUUUCAGAUCGGAGUAGAGUCGGACAUAACUUUCUGUCUGAAGGAGUUGAGGGGUUUACUGUCCUUUGCAGAGUCACAUUGCCUUCCUGUGUCCGUCCACUUCGGUGCUGCAGGAAAGCCUGUGUGCUUCUCCGUGGAGGACAUGGUCUUGGAAGCUACUGUGGUGUUGGCUACUCUGAGCGACUCUGAAAGCAAGGGCUCCUCUCAGCCUACAGAGACACUGACCCCUUCUACCCCCAGGUGUGCAGAUGCUGCUGUUCUACCUGUGGGUUCAUGUGAGGCAGACAGCAGUAUGGCACAGGAUAAUCCUGCUGUGAUGGAGAUGAUACCAUCCAGCCAGGGCAGCCCUAUAACCAACCUACCUGCUCUUAUGCUGCUGCAGCCUGAGACUGAUGACCCUAACGGUCGCGGUGUAGCUGAUGAGGCCUUUGCCAGCGCCACCUCGACUCCUGCUUCCUCCAUGAUCUGCUCGCUCCUGUUCAGGGCCUCAGAGCAGGACGGUGAUGGCUGUGCUGCCAGACUGCCUGUUCUGGCAUGCUACAGUGACGAAGAGGAGAAUUUGGAGGAAGACUACACAAGAAGCCCUUCCCUCUGAGAACAGGGCUGAGCUUGUGACUUGUUAAAAGUAGGCCACAACAUUCAAGUGUAGUCUGAAUGAUAGGAUCUUAAUUCAUUUGUGUUUGAUGUAACUUUUAAAAGUUUUAUAAGCAGUAUGUCGUUGAUAGCUCAAGGCUAUAGCUUUGCUUGUUUAAAUUAUUUUCAAAGUGUAAAGUUUCCGCACAAUGUUCAGUUGUAAAUUCAAGAGAAUGUAUUUAUAAUGAUUAUUUAUCAAAUAAUACAUCAAUUAAUUUAUUUAGGUAACUAUAUUGUGUGAAAAUGUGUACUUUUUGCUGUCGUCUUUGAAAACAUGACUUAAACCUGAAUAUACCA